AUGUCAAUUUGCUCAUACAUAGGAUGCCGAAUUCCGGUGAUUUAUGCUUGUUUUUGUGAUACAAAUGAGCUUUAUUUUUGCAGUAACCAUUUAAAAAACCACAUCCAAAGCUAUCCUGCUAUUAACCACAGAUAUCUGCAAGCUUUUAUAGACGCUCAAUCAGAGAUUAGGAAACGAACGAAAAUACUCUUUAACUCAGCAUCAAAAGAAUUAGACAAAGCUAAGAAUAAUGCCUUGCAAAACGCCGCAAAAAAAAUCAAUGAUAUAAAUAGAUAACUCCCCAAAGACAAUUUUUGAAUAAUUAAUAUAUCAGCUUUUGGUAUAAUUUUUAUAAAAAUUGCGUAACCUUUUAAAUAUGCAGAAGAGUGAGUAUAUGAAUACCUUGGAAAUAUUCAUAGCCUUGAGAAUGAUUUGCUAGCUUCAAUAAGACGAUUUUUUCUAAAUGAAUUUGUUUUAGAAGAUGAUUUCGAAAAAUUGGAAGCAAAAACGAUUAGCUAUUUAGACCAGAUAAAAUCUUGAGCCAGUCUUGAUGAUCUUUUGAAUUCCCAAAACAAAAUAAUCAGCAAACAACAUGAGCUUGCAUAUAAAAUAAUAUAAUGGAAUGAAUGCGUUAUACGUUCACAUAAUUUGGGAAGAUUUUCGCAUGUCAGGGCAUUUUUGCACAGGGACCAAGAUCCUAUAUUUGGAGUUUUUGCACUUAAGUGGCUCCUUAUUGGGUUUAAGCCCCACAGUGGAGAAUAUUUUGAUAUAUAGAGACCUUCUAAAAAUUAUAUCAACGCAUAAUAUGAUUAAAAAAACCCUUAAUGAUUCUGAAAAAUUAAUCAAAUUAACUAGAAAAAUAAUUUAACUCUGAGCUUGAAGAACUAAGGUUAUCACUAGCUUUUGAAAAAUCCAAAACCGUAAAAUUGGAAAAAGAUCUUAAUGAAGUAAUAAAUAAAUAUGAAGCAGCUAUGUCAGAAAAUAAGCUGAUGAUUCAAGAAAUACUCCAAUCAGGCUACGACUCCAGCAGAACAAUGAAUAAGCAUUUCAUAGAAAACGAAAAUAAAAUGGAGCAGCUUGAAAAAGCUGUCAAACACAUCAAAGACAAAAAAAACCGAAAAAAAUUUCAACUUGAGGCACUAAUGCAAGCUAAUUUAUUUUUAGCGAGAUUCCUGGAGAGUCCACAAAAUCCAAAUUUUAUUCAAAAAAUGCUAUUUACUAAAGAAAGAGAAAAGUAUAACCCAUAUGCUAGCUGCAUUUCUAAUAACUGUGAUUGACCUGGAGGAGAUCUUUAUUAGGCUAGUUUAGCUUAUUUAAAGACAGAUAUUAGCAUUAAUGGUGAUGUAGUCACAAAGACGUCCUGCUAGGGAGGUUCAUCCUCUUAGCGACGAACUAUCCAAACUUAAAAAUUUUGUGGAGAAUCAGCCUGUCUUUUAACACCUGUAGGCAGACGCAAGUUUGGGGACCUUUUGAAAUUGAAAGCGUCCUGCUGGGUUUUAGUUGGUCUGGAGAAGCGCAACGGCUGGCCGAUUAUAGGUCCAGGGCAAUGCUCUGCAUUAAGGGAAUGGAAGUUGGGAAGGAUAGCGAGCAAAGUCAGAUGGCGUUCGCUUAGCCAUCGGGUAGUUUCUCAAUCUGAUACCAGGAGUAGCGUCCUAAGAUACAAGUUUUAUUCAGGCCAGACCCUAAAAUUGAUAUUUUGAAUUUUCGGAAAGGGCAGCUCCGUUUACGUAUAACGGUGAUCCAGCAUCUUUACCUCCGGGGCUGCAAGUGAGAGAUCUUCUCGGAGGGAGCAAACACAAAGUGCAGCGCCGUAUAUCUGAUUGGCAUUCAAGAGGGUGGAGUAAAGCAAAGGUGUGAGAACCCGUCAUGGCUGGCCAGAGCUACUCUAUAAUAAUUUAAGUUAAGUUAAGCGACGAUCUGCCAGCAGGUCUAUCAAUAAUUAACACAUUAGUUUCCUCUUUACAUUAGCUUAGUCUUGAGUUAGCAGCUUAUAUAUUUCUAUGGCUAUAAAGGUAUUUGCAAUAGCUUAUUUCCAAGAAAUAGCUGCUUCCAGAAACGCAAUAUAGCAAGAGAGUGCUCACUCAGAACUGCUUUAAACCUUAGUUUCUCGAAUAUGAAUAUGAAUAUCAAAGGCCCGAAGGAUAUUGUUGAGCUCAUUCCAACCAUAGGCCGGAAUCAAAAAUUACCAAGAGAUCUUAUUGAACACUUAAAGGCUAAUCACAAUUGCGAAGAAUUUUUAAUGGUGAAAAAUGGAAUUAUAAGAUACUGGCACGUCAAGGUCUGGAAAAACUGUCAAUGAGAUAUAUGAAUUUUAAAAUUGGCUUCUGGUGUCCCUAUUAUCAUGAAAUCUUUUUGCGAUGAUAAAGCUUUUUAUGUGCAGUUUUAUGACUUAGAAGCAAAAAGAAUAAAAUUGAAGCUAAAUUUUGCUAAUUCUGGAGCAAAAAUGCAAUAUUCAUUAAGAACAGAGUCUUUAGAAUUUUGAAAUGAAGAGUAUAGAGAAAUGCCUUUUUGUUUAAAUUUAAACAUACUUGAAAAGCACAUGCUCGUAAUAUCUGAAGAAUUUGAAGGGUGUAAAAAAUUAUGCAUUUUAAUACAGGCUAAAAGCUAA